AAAUCUCUCUCAACCCUUCUCUCUUCUUCUUCCCCUUCAGUUUCUAAAAAAUAAUCAAGAAGAAGAAGAAGAAAAUACUCUUCAAAACAAAAAAAAAUCCUCUCUUUUUUCUGUUAAAAAAAACAUUCUUGAAAUUAGAAAGCGUUAAAAAUUUAGAUGGCUACAAUGAACAGUGGGAACAACAGCAAUACUCCGGCAACUGCUCAAGUUAUGCCUUCUCUUAAACAGACAUUGCCUACUGCAAAAACUGUUGAUACCCAGUCUGUUCUUAAAAGGUUGCAGUCUGAAUUGAUGGCUCUAAUGAUGAGUGGUGAUUCUGGGAUAUCUGCAUUUCCUGAAGAAGACAACAUAUUUGUUUGGAAAGGGACAAUAACUGGUAGCAAAGAUACAGUUUUUGAAGGAACAGAAUACAAGCUCUCUCUUUCAUUUCCUGCUGAUUACCCUUUCAAACCACCAAAGGUUAAAUUUGAGACUGGUUGCUUUCAUCCUAAUGUUGAUGUCUAUGGCAACAUCUGCUUAGACAUUCUUCAGGAUAAGUGGUCAUCUGCUUAUGAUGUGAGGACUAUACUUAUCUCAAUUCAGAGUUUGCUUGGAGAGCCAAACAUAAGCUCACCUCUAAACACUCAGGCUGCAGCUCUUUGGUGCAAUCAAGAAGAAUACAGAAAGAUGGUUGAGAAGCUAUACAAGCCUAGUGCAUAGCUAGCUUACUAGUGCAGGAUUCCAUUUUUCUUCAUAUGGAGCAAACUUAGUUGGAACUGUUUCAUUGCUAUUUUUUUCUUGUUGAUGAUAUUGGAUAAUCCUCUCUUAUGAGAAAGAGGAAACGCUGUACUUUUAUGUGAUAUAGAGUAUCAUUUCAAAUUUUAUCUCUUCUUUCUCCAA